CGAGCGCAGCAUGUCUCGACGAACGACACUCCUUCCACCGCCUUUUGUCCAGCUCGUCUUGGUCCAGCCCUCACAUCCAGAUAGGGGGUCGUCUGUAUCGAUCGGACUAGGGCCCCCCAAAGCGAGACAAAAGAGCUGAAGGACCUUUCUCCGGUACCUCGAAUGAGCCCCACCACUGAAGGAGGGCCCCCGGACAGGCCCAGAUCUCACUUGCUUCGAUCACCUCCUCCACCUUGGUUCCAGCGUCGGUCAUCUCGUUGUGAAGGAGUGGUGCUCCUUUACGGCUAUAUAUAUAUAUAUAUAAGCUGGAUCACUGCUCCUUACCUCAUCUCUCGUUUGAUCUCCAACUCACAAGCCUAAGCACCAAUAACGACAUGUCUGGUCAACAAAAGAACACUGUCGCAGCGCUCCAAGCCGAGAUAGACGGCACCAUGGGCCAAAUGCUCGACAGCGUGCAAAGGAUCCAUGGGAGGGAACAUGCGUUGGACCAUUUGCAAGGCCAACCUGCCGAGUUGGAAGCAGCUGCCCAACAUUUCAAGACUGUUGGUAAAGAUACCUUUGUCAAGCAAUACUAUUGCAAAAACUGUGAUGCUCCUUAUGCGAGGAGUCCGGAGGCACCGCAUGAUCACGAAACGUGCAUUCGCUGCAAUGCGGUGCUGGUGGACAAGGCGCACAAGAUCGAUUGUCCGUUCAGAUGGGUGAAGCAGAAGCCUUGAGUGUAGCCGCACCAUGAUGCAAAGUCAUCUGGGUCGCAGAAAUGUGUGGUGUCUUGAACGGUAUACGCGACGUGUCGAUGAAAGGUUGAGAAAGAAGCGAUUGUAUUCUAUAGCCCAGCAUGUAGAGAAGAACAAGACGAACAUGCAGCCAUGAUAAA